UCAGUUUACGAACACUUCGACAAUGGAAAACAUCGACGCUUUUCCUAUGUGGGAGGUGUUCAACAAGCAGAUCAUACCUGCCCUUCUUGACAUGGCAUUCUCCGAUGCAACUCUGCAGAGACUCACCAGCGUGAUAAAAACGACCGAAUUUUUAAAAAUUAUCGCUUACACUCGUGAUCCUUCAACGAGCUGGGAAGAGUAUCAGAAAAAGACGUUACAGUACAAAGCCUUCACUAUUUGGUUACUCGAGAGAUGCUUCUAUCUACUAACUUGCGACAACUUUGCUAAAAUUCACGAUCUCGUUUUUAACGUUCACAUUCGCAUACUCCACUACAUUAGCAUAUCACAGCCCGAUUUGUAUACCGAAUUAUGCGGCGAGUAUUUCUCGUGCCUAACACAGUUGAACAGGAUGCAUUGUAAUGACUCUAAGAAAAUCAGAUUGGAAAUAUUUAUGCCGAUUGAAAUACCAGAACUGAAAGAUAAGUUGGAUUUUAGCGCUGUUCCAAUCGAGGUCUCUUCAAAGACCAUGUGCAGUAAAAUACAAAUGCGUGUGUUGAAGCUUUUGUCGAACAUGUUGCUGAAUAUCAAAAGCAGUAACUUACAUGAGGUGAUCUAUGACAAUUUCGACUGCCUCGAAUUCGUUCUGUCAGAAUGCAGUAUGGACCUAAAACUGUCAGCGAUCGAUGUAUAUGUCACUGCUUUAAAUUGUGCAAAUCCUUCUAGAUUAACUAGUGGGAAUGUACCAUUAAGGUACUCUAAUUUUGUUUCAUUUCUGGAAAAUAUCGUGUGUAACGUGUAUAAUAAGACCACUAUUAUAUCACAGGGAGAAAUGCAGUGCCUCGAGUCUUUGCUCAUUGUAAUUUUUUCUUCACCUAAACACUUCAAUAACUGCAUGGAAAAAUUGUAUCAUUUUGCUUUAUACAUAAAUGCAAAGGCAGUAUCCAAAGAUCUGCAAUUUACGAGUCUGUCUUAUGUUCGACGUAAUCAAUUACCUUCAUCAGACAAUGUGAAGGAGUACAUUAAUAGAGUCGUGAACUGUAAAGAAUAUGAAUACUUUAAGUUUGUAAAGGAACAGAUUCAGCGUGAAAAAGGAAUCGAAUUGUGGAAAACAACGUGGUAUAAACUUUAUUUUAGUAUGUUUCCAUGUCUACCAAGUGCAAGAUAUGCAAAUGAUAUGGUAGAUAAGACUAAUGACUGUAAAUUCUUAGAUCUGUUGACUACAGCACAAAAAUUUGUAAAAUUAACAAAUGAGCUUAAGGUAGAAGAUUACGAACAUAAAUCCUGGCCCUCUGUACUAGAUUUAUUUAGGAUAACAUAUAAUCAUUUCUCAACAUGUAACAAAAUUGACUCGCUUGAGAUAUUGAUGCGCAAAUUUAUAACCGAUGUAUAUUGCGUAGGAUCAUUUGAUCUUAUUUUUAAUGCUUUUUCGUUUCCCUUUACCAACAAGGGAACAGAACUAUUGAAGUAUGAAUGGAAGCCAGGCAGUUUCUGGACGUGCAAGUCGAGCCGAACAUUACAAAUGGCAUUAACUUUUUUGUGCACUUUAGUGUGCAAUUGUUCAUCACGUCACACACUGCGCUAUACUAAAAGUACGGAACAAAUCCGACAUGAUUAUUUCAGAAUAAUUAAGUCACAUUGGAGAGAUGUAGUGCCUAUGCUUCCGAAUGAGGUAGUAAGGAAUGUGCUGCGUUACCCUACGAUGUUCAAUGGAAGAGACGAAUGGAUUACGGACGUACUGGUUCCUGCUUUGGAAACUUUAUCGCCCCAGUUACUACCCAUCGCAAUUGAGGUCGGAGGUGAAAUAAUCUGCCAGUCAAGUUCUCAAUUCGUUCAUUUCAUCUCAAGUGUUAACGACGAGACUGUGUUCGAAGUAUGUUGUUUGUCCUGCAGAAAAGAGUAUUAUAACGUAAAUGAGAAGUACGAACUCGAGACUAUAUUAGAAAAAAGUGCGAAAUCGCAAAUGGCGUAUGCUGUUAGUAAACCGGUACACGGAAAUUGUGAAACAGUAUUUAGAUUGCUGAAACAUAUCUUGAAGCACUGUGCCAGUAACGAUUCCAAUGUAAAAAUAUCUAUAAUUAAGACUAUGCACAGUUUUACUCACUUAUUGCCAUUUUAUGAUGUUAGUGGCAUGUCAUGUUGGUUCAAAUUUGCGGAUGAUCGAGACGUGAUGGUUAGAAGAGAAUUUUCUAAAGUGGUGAAAGUCAUAUUCGUUGCCAUUUCGGAAAGCAAAGUCAUAUCAAAUGAGGACAAAAAUGAAAUGUUUAAGACUUGUUUCUUGGAAUUGCAAAAGUACUCCGAACAAUCUGUACACAAAUCGAAUUACGAGCUACAAGAAACUCUAUUGACCACCAUAAGUGAAUUGUCCAAGCUGUCAUUGCCCAUAACCACACGUUACGUGUCGCAGAUCUUACUGUACUUUAUUAUGUAUCCGACUUCGAAACAUUACUUAAUUGCGUUGAAUAUAUUCAUGGAAAUGGCUCAUCUGCAGAACACAACUACCGCUUUAAUCUACGCACAGCACCGUCAGCAACUGUGCAGUAACAUCAUGAAAAUUUGCGCUAUUAAUUUGGCCGUCAUAGGUUACAGUCUAUCAACGUCACUAGAAAGAAUAUCGACAGUUCUCGGCUUUUAUGGUCCCAAAGAUUUUGUUAUGAAGGAAAGUCGUUCGCUGUUACCCGUCCUGAUCUCAAUGAUAGUCAUCAUGCCUCAGGUCGAAAGGCUCGUAGAGGAGUUCGCCAAGUUGGAAGAAAUGAGCGUGAAGGACUUAUUGAUCAGCAAAUAUGGGAAUAUUUUCCUACACAUAUUUCUGAACGAGACUGAAGACAUGUUCAAACGGUUGAUGAGGUACAUUGAGGAGAAGACCGGAUGUAGUGGCAGAACAUUACGGAAGAAAGAUCUCUUGGUUAUUUUAAGCGAUCUGUUGCUAAACUUCCACGAAUAUCGAGACCGAGUGCUAGUAGGCCUACGUAUUUUGGCGACUGACGAUUCCGACGGCCCCCCAAUCGGCAUCAACCGAAUUCCCGAAUAUUUGCAACCGAAACUUUUAGGCGUCCUCGGUAAUUUCGACAUGAAAUUGGUUUUGCUUCGUUAUUUGGAUGUCGAGAAGGUUCUGUUGAGCCUCGCCGAGCUCGUGACCUUUAUGGGACCGAAGUACAUUACGCCUUUGCGUUUUAAAAUUUUUGCCAUGUUGAAGACGGCUUUGAAUUCGAACGAGGUUAGCGGCCAGCUGCAUUGCGACGUGUGGGAGGCUUUCCUCAAAAGUUGCGAAAUUGAAUCGCUCGGCCCGCAGUUGGCGUCAAUUUUCGUGUUUCUGAUACCUCUACUAGAAAAUCAACCGAAAGUUACGGCGAUAUUUCGAUAUCUAAUCAUAGAAAAGGAGGCCUACGUUAAGGACUAUAUUUGUGACUUGUUUUUCUUGCUGGAAGGCACUGUAGGUGGUGAUAUUUGCGUUGUUAUCGAGAAAUACUUAAAGCGUGUGCAAGGCUUACCGUUUCGAGAACAUUUGAGCGCAUUUUUAAAAUAUUUAAAUCACGAAACUGUCGAAAUUCGAGUGCACGGUUUGAAGUACAUCAAACGGCUAUUGGAAACCAACAGAGAAGAGUUAGAUCGGAUGAUAUUGGGUUACAAUGGUAUCGAUCCAAUCAUUGUUAGUCUUUUGGACGUACUCAUGCUCGCUUGCCGCGACAAAGAGGACCUUAUCAAGUUGGCUUGCGGCGAGUGUCUUGGGGAGCUGGGCGCAAUCGAACCUAGUCACUUACCGAGGCAGUACAAAACUGAAACACAGUCAUUUAUUUUUUUCAUCACAGAGGAUAGUUUUAUUGUUAGCGCUUUAAAUGAAUUAACUCGAGCUUUGCAAGCGGAAAAGAACACGCGGAAAAUGGACCGUUUUGCGUUGGCAAUACAAGAAGCUUUGAAAUAUUAUGAAAUAUCUCCUGACCCGAGCAGUCGCAAACACAAACUUUGGAUGGAUUUCCCUGAUAGUCAAAAAGAACUUAUGCUGCCAAUGUUAUCUUCACGUUAUACGUUGCUGCAACCAAAACAAAAAAUUCCGGUUUCGCCAAUAUACGGAUCCAAGUAUGGUUCAACUUACGAUCUAUGGAUUUCUAAUUGGACAAGUAAUUUAACUUUGGAAAUGAAGGUGGACGAACGAUCCGUGGUGCAGGUAUGUUUGCCAAGUUUGCACCAAGACCAUAAUACCUUAAUGGUCUUCCUACCACAUAUCCUAUUGCACGCAUUGUUAGAUGGUAGUCAGGCGUCUCAUGACGAUAUUUUCGCCGAGUUCACGGCGGUAAUCGAUACUUACACCAAUAGAGAGGCCAGCGUGCCGAUAGCGUCUUUACCUAGCGGCACACCUAUCUCGAGCAAUACUGUUUCGCCGGAAGAAAAGGUUGUAUUCGUUCUUUUGGAUUUUUUGGAUCGUUGGAUUAGGGAAUGGACAUGGAAAGGGCCGAAAUCUGCCAACGAAGAAGAAUGUCGAAUAAUUAAGUCAUUUUUAACUCGUUUUUGCAAGCUGAAGUUGGCUCGCUCAAAUUGCCGAUGUGGGGAGUAUGCUAGGGCGCUGAUGUACUUCGAGGAGUACAUUAGUGAGCACUCUGACCAACUGAAAAAUCAUCUGCCACUCUUUACCGAGCUUUACGCUCAACUGGACGAACCAGAUGGUGUAGAAGGAGUAACCACAAUUCAUGAUAAAGAACCGCCCAUUGAACAAAAAUUGUUGGCAUUAGAAGUGUCUGGAAAAUUAACUGAUGCAAUAGCUCACUACGAACAGAUACCCGCACCGCUCAAAUUGCAUCACCUACAAUGUUUGGUACAAUGCUAUUUAGAUUUGGAGAACGUACACGCGGCGCUAAAUUACGUCCGCGGGUAUGUGCAUUCGUAUCCGACUUACAAUAAAAAUGUGUUAUUAGAAAUGCAAGCCGAACCUCUCCUACGUUUAGGACGCUAUUCAGACCUAGAUGAGUUACUUAAAAAGCCGGAAAUGCGAUGUAAUCACAGUUGGAGCUUAGAAGUGGGGAGAUCACUGUUGUAUCUUCAAGAUGGCAAAAUGGAUGAGUUUAAUAACAUUUUAAACUCGUUAUCAAUUUCGCAAGUAGACGCUUUAGGUGCGGCCAGCUUAAAACAAGGUGCAUAUCAACAUGGCUACAUGUACGCGGCACGUUUGCAUACAAUAACGGAGUUAAAGCAAAUAGGAAACAUGAUAAAAGAACUGCUAUUAAGACCAAACGAUCACAAAGUGUGUGAAUCUGUCCUUAAGAAAUUGAUGGUGGAAUGGGAGUUACGAUUAAAGAUCGUUCACCAAUCUCGAAAAAUCCAAGAAUCUAUCUUAAGUUUGAGACGGGUGGGAAUUCUUCAAGCGAAAACCAUUUUAAGGGAUAGAGUACCAAACUCUUUAAAUUUGCUCAAUUCAAUUUUGGGCGAAUCUUGGUUACGCAGCGCUACCAUCGCAAGGGCGUCCGGUGUUCACCAGCAAGCGUUUACUUACACAUUGAAAGCGGACGACUACUCACCACCACGCUUAUUUCUUGAAAAAGCUCAGCUGCACUGGAUGAGAGAGGAGCACCAACAAGCUUUGAGUGUCUUACGAAAGGGGGUUGAGAGAUUAAUUCCGGAUGCGAUAGGAACCCCAUCAUUCUCCUGCGGCAACAAUGAUUUGGACAUAAAGAAAAUUUCGGCAGAAGCAAAAUUACUGAUUGCCUCCUACAACGAUUCAGUGUCAAACGUCGACGCUCACGUGAAUAAACAGCACUACAAAGACGCGGUCGACAAUUUCAAUCAAUGGGAAAAGAGUCUAGUGUGCCUUGCGCAGUAUUACGACCGCCUUUCUCAAUCGUUACCUGACAGCGAGAGGGAGAAGGAAGAAGGUGACAUGAAAGUGCUCAUGAUUAAUUACUUCGGAAGAUCGCUGCUUUACGGUAGCGAGUACGUCUAUCAGUCCAUGCCGCGAAUGCUUAGCAUUUGGUUCGACUAUGGCACGGGCGUCUCCAACUUGGCGAGUGGAAUUACGGUCAGCAAAUCCGGGGGAAUUGGAAAGAUGGAACGCGAAAAUACCCUUACCCAGAUGACGAACCUAAUCGAUACGUUCCUCGAGAGGUUACCCUCUUAUAUAUUCUUAACGGCAUUUUCACAGAUUGUGUCGAGAAUAUGCCACCCACAGAAGCAAGUGUCAAUUGAGCUAAGAAAUAUUAUUGUCAAAUUAGUUUUGCAAUAUCCUCAACAAACUCUGUGGAUGUUAAUAUCGAUGAUAAAAUCGAGGUGUGCGAUCCGAUUGAAGAGGUGCACCGAAAUUUUGAAAGAAGUACGCUCCAAGUCGUCCAACAUGGGCAGACUGAUAGGAGACUUUACUAAAUUGGCAGAGAAAUUAAUCGAACUGUGUAACAAGGAGAUACCUGACAAUAUUCGAGUCGCCUCAGUAGGUUCCGUAUUGCAGUCACUGCCAAGAAUGUUGAGCAAUAGUGACUUCAGUGAGAUAAUGAUACCGACACAGAAAUUUCGAAAACUUAUCUUACCGAAUCCGGAUUUUCAAAGCAGUCAGCAUAAUCCCUUUCCAAAUCGAUACGUUCAUAUUGUGGGAAUUGAGGACAAAUUUACAAUAUUGGAAAGUAUGCAGCAUCCCAGGAAAAUCACCUUUAGGGGAUCAGAUGGGAAUAAGUACACCCAACUUUUGAAACCAAAGGAUGAUCUCCGAAAGGACUUCCGUCUAAUGGAAUUCAACGACGUCGUAAAUCAAAUGCUAUCAAGAGACCCUGACUGCAGACAAAGGCGAUUGCACAUUCGGCUGUAUUCGGUCGUACCAUUAAACGAAGAGUGUGGAAUAUUGGAGUGGAUACAUAAUUUGGUCGGAUUACGUCCCGUUUUGCAAGAUUUGUACAAACAGAGAGGUUUAGGUAUGAGCGGAAGAGACAUAAAGAACGUUAUCUGCAAUCAAAACGAUUCGUUGGCAAAGAAAAGGGACGUGUUUACUAAAUGUUUACUGCCAAGAAAUCCACCGAUUUUCAAAGAAUGGUUCAGGAAAACGUUUCCCGAUGCGCAGAGCUGGUUAACCGCGCGAACGGCUUACAUACAUACGACUGCGGCAAUAUCGAUGGUCGGCUAUGUAUUGGGAUUGGGAGAUCGUCAUGGUGAAAAUAUUUCCUUUGAUUCCACCUGUGGUGAUACGGUUCAUGUCGAUUUUAAUUGUCUGUUUAAUAAAGGGGAAACAUUCCAGUGGCCGGAACGUGUACCCUUCAGACUUACACAUAAUAUGGUUGCAGCGAUGGGUCCCUUAGGUGUGGAGGGAAUGUUUCGCAAAUCGUGCGCCUGUACACUGACAGUUCUUCGAGCACACACAAACACGUUAAUGUCAAUCGUAGCACCGUUCGUCUAUGACCCUUUAGUGUCAUGGUCGCGAAGGGCAGUGCCUAAUAUGAAUGUUGGGGAGCAACCGAACCUACAGGCCGUUGAACACUUGGCAAACAUUGAAGAGCGACUUAAGGGUAUAAUAAAAUCAAAGCGUAAGUCGACCAUUUCAAUACCGUUGUCAGUUGAUGGGCAGACUAAUAUUUUAAUUCAAGAAGCCAUGAGCAUCGAUAAUUUAUGCCAAAUGUAUAUUGGAUGGGGAGCCUACCUGUAAUGUUAUAAGCGUAUAAGAGUUAUUUUUUGUUUUAAUUUUGUAAGAGUUACUUUUUUUUAUUAAAAUUACUUUUCAUGA